AUGAGCAUUGGUGCGAUCAAGAAAGCUCUGGAAGUGUCCCUUCCAUAUUCAUUCAUCUAUGUGUUCACUGACGCUCGAAGCAAGGACUAUUUCUUAACAGAGGAGGUCUUAUCUCUCAUUCAGCAGAAACAGUCACAGGUUGUCUUUGUGUUAACUGGGGACUGUGGUGACGUCACACACAGUGGAUACAAAGCCUAUGAGGAAAUAGCAGCCACCAGCUCUGGGCAGGUGUUUUUGUUGAAGAAAUCCCAAGUGAAUCAGGUGCUCAACUUUGUGCGUGUGGCCGUCCAGGCUAGAAAGGUAAAUCUGCUGGCAAUUAACGAAGAUGAAGGCAAGACACAGGUGUUCAAUCUGCCUCUGGAUUCUCAUCUCAAGGAAGUCACUGUAUCCAUUAGUGGUGAAAACCCAAAGAUCCACCUCCGGGAUCCUGAAGGAAACAAAGUCACCUUAAGCAAUGGCCUGACUGAACUUCUGAGUCUCAGCAAUGUCCACAUUGUCAAUGUUAAAGAGCCUGCCCCUGGAAACUGGAGACUUCGGGUCAGCAGCACUGGACCUCACACUGUUCGAGUUACAGGCCUCAGCUCUGCCGACUUUGUUACAGGCUUCUCCAAGUACCCAACCAAAGAUAUCUCACAGACAAGCCUGAGACCAAUCCAGGGUAUCUCAACACAUGUACUGAUCAACUCCACGGGAAUAGAGUACCCAUCAACCCUGAAUGAUUUGGAGCUGGUAGAUUUACGUGGUAACUCUAUAGCCAAGUUCCCUUUGGUCCGUGAUCCAGAGAUUAGCACCUUGUACAAUGUGACAUCUUUUGUUCCGCCAGAUCAAUAUUUCUAUGUGAAGGUAACUGGUACAGAUGACUUGGGCUUCGUCAUGCAAAGAACUACCCCCACCGCCAUCAGCCCACUUAAAGCCAAGCCACCGCGGGUGACCAUGCCAGAGACCACACGUGGCUUCUUCGACACUACAGUUGUGAUCACCUGCCAGGUUUUCAGUAUUAUACCAUAUACAGUCCAGUGGUGGCACAAGGGCAAACAGCAAGGAAAUAAUCUGUUCUUUAGUGAUCCAGCCAAUGUAACUCUGGAUGUUCCCAGAGCUAGCAGCUACGUAGAGGGAGAAUAUUCCUGCAAUGUGACCAGCUCUGCAGGUUAUCAGUCCGCUACCACAUAUCUGGAUAUCAGUGAUCCACCACCGGUAAUUCUGCCGCCACAGAAUAUAUCAGUUCUGCCGGGAGAGACGGCCAUGUUGUCCUGUACCGCCUUCAGUAGUGUCCCUUACAAUAUGACAUGGAAGCGAACCAACCACUACGGUUCAUUAACCCUGGACCCAAGGAUACGGACAUAUAAUAAUGAUACCUUGCUGAUCAGAAAUGUUGGCAGACAUGAUGAAGGUAGCUACACCUGUACAGCACACAAUGAGGGAGGCUCAACUACAGAAAUGUUGACCUUAAAGUUGAAAGUACCACCAGUGGCUCAGAUAACCCCCAGAGAACAAACCUUUGUUACUGGCUCCACGCACAACUUCACUUGUAUCGCUGGAGGAUACCCCGAGCCAACAUUUGUGUGGCAGCAGGAUGGGGAAGCACUGCCGACUGGUGGACGCUUCCAGAUUGAUGGCGGCUACAUUUCCUUUAGAAACCUCAAACCUUCUGACGAAGGAGAAUAUGAAUGCUUGGCACAAAAUUCUGCUGGAACGGCUGUGGUGAGAUCCAGACUUGUGUAUAUUGAGGCACCCAGAGUGAGGGAGUUUGAGCGCAAACUUCUGGUUGCUGUUGGAGAUGAUGCCAGGCUGUCGUGUAUUGCGGACGGCAUUCCUCCUCCAAAUACCACUUGGUAUAGGUCAGAUAGAAAGCUGCAGUCGGCCUACAAUGUUGACGUCACUUAUGGCGACCAUUUAAUCAUCUCCGAUGUCAUGGACUCAGAUGCUGGAGACUACCGAUGUGUGGUCCAGAAUGAGGCUGGCUCAGACUCUGCAGUUUUGACAUUAGAAGUGGGCUCCCCACCAGAAAUUAUCCAGGGCCCGGAAAACAUGGGCAUUGACAUAGAAUCCAAUGGUUCUCUUCCCUGCCAGGCCAUCGGCCGGCCCUUGCCCAAGUUGAGCUGGAGGAGAGGAGAUGGAAGGCCCAUAGAUCUGAACGGCAGAUUCAGGCAACUGCCCUCAGGCAGUCUUGAGAUUAUGAACAUUCAGCAAGUUGAUGAAGGCAUCUACACAUGCGUAGCUCAAAACCCCUUUGGAAUUGAUGAAAUAGCAGCCUAUGUUAGUGUGACAGGAAUAGUGCGGCCUCUGAUUGCCUACACCAACCCGUAUGUGAAAGUCGUUGAGGGUGAAAUGGCGGAGUUGGAGUGUGUAGUGCUACUUGGCAAGCCAAAACCUAGACUGUCCUGGCUACGUAAUGGAAAGCUGCUGAGGGAAUCCGACAGAGUGCACUACAUUGACUCAGGGAGAGUCAUUAUUGCAGAUGCUAGAGAAGAGGAUGAUGGGGAAUAUAUCUGUAUGGCCAGCAACAUUGGAGGGAACGAGACAUAUUCUGUUGAUUUGGAUGUGUUGGUUCCUCCCAAGCUGAUAACAGAUAAUGAUUCAGACAGACAGACAAACUUCUCAGUAAUUCAAGGCCGCAGUGUUUUCCUUCCUUGCUCUGUGACAGCCGACCCGCCAGCAUCAUAUACCUGGUUUAAGGAUGGCAUACCCAUAUCUUUGACUGACAUCCGUUACUAUAUCCGCAUGGAUGGAGCACUGGAAAUAUUCAGCGCGGAUGUUUCAGAUUCUGCUAAUUACAAAUGUGUGGCAUCCAAUGUUGCUGGAGAAGUGGAUAAGAACAUGAAUCUGUUUGUGGAAGUUGCUCCAAGAAUUUCUGGUCAUUUAGAAGAGACACUGGAAAUCAAAGUCAACGAGUCUGUGCUUUUGCCGUGUGAAGUCAGCGGCAUACCCCAGCCCACUGUCAGCUGGAAGCAGAACUUCAUGCCCUUGAACCCUGACCCUCAGAGGAUACAGGCCCAGCGGGAUGGCCUGUAUGUGUCUCGGGCCCAGAUUUCUGACAAGGCUAUUUAUGAGUGCCUGGCUUCAAAUAUUGCUGGAGACGCUAAUAAGAUGAUCACUCUCAUUGUUUAUGAUCCACCAACUCUAGACCCUGGCCCUUCCAAUGUCACAGUUCUGUAUGGACAAACUGCAUUACUGGAGUGUGAAUCCCACGGCGACCCACCCCCAGCUGUGCUGUGGAAGAAAGAUGGGGUCAUCUUGGAUGUUAAUGAUCCUGAAAAGGGUUACAUUUCACCAAGGGGAUCCCUUACCAUUAACUCUGCUACGUUGAAAGAUGGAGGCAGAUACUCGUGUGUGGCAACAAACCCUGCUGGUUUUGUUUCUAGAGACAUUUCUCUGACAGUUCAUGGGGCACCAGAAAUUUCUGGCAUCUACCAAGAAUACAAUGAUGUCGUUGAAGCCAACCCAGUGAUUCUGCCUUGCCCAGCAGUUGGGACCCCUAAGCCUCAUGUCACCUGGUACAAGGACAAUGUGGUUCUGACAGAAGAGGAGCUGGGAAUAACUCAGUUAGAGGACGGAUCACUGCAGAUUGAUGAUACCAGAGUUGCCGAUUCUGGGCGAUAUGAGUGUGUGGCUGAAAAUAUAGCUGGCGUGGCUAAUAGGCAUUUUGAGCUGAAAAUUUUAGUUCCACCGAAGCUGAAAGGAAGUCCCAAUGACCGACUGAACCCAGAGAUUCAUAAGGUCAUUUUGGACAGAAACAUCACCAUAGUCUGCCCAAUAUCAGAAGACACAGACCCACCCCCGGUCUUCUCCUGGCUCAAGGACAACCAGGCAAUCAAGCAAGAUAGUCGGAUCUUCAUGCAGGACCAGGGUAGGUCUUUGACAAUCAUCAGAGCCAUGCCUGGAGAUGAGGCUCGGUAUCGCUGUGUGGCUAGUAAUAUUGCUGGAGAGGUUGACAAGAAUUUCAUUUUAGAUGUUCAAGUGCCACCAAAUGUCGAUGAAUCAAGCCUGUCUCCUUCUAACCAAUCAGUGGUCAGUGGCCAGCCUCUUUAUAUCAACUGUCCCAUUCAAGGCAAGCCCCCACCACAGGUACGAUGGUUAAAAGAUGGAGAACCCAUAUCUGUUGACCAGGAUCCAAACGUGAAGCUGCUGGCUGAAGGUCGCAGAUUGGAACUCAUCAGCGCAAAAAUCACUGACAGAGGGCGCUACACAUGCAUUGGAGAAAAUGUGGCAGGAAAGACUGCCAGAGAUUUCACAGUCAACGUGUUCGUACCGCCGACUGUGGAGGAACCAAACAUUCCUGAAAAGACUGAAGUCAUCGAAGGUAGCUCUGUCUUCAUCACUUGCCCAGCCUCUGGCAUUCCACUACCAAAAAUUACUUGGUUUAAGCAAGAGAAUCCUAUUAAAACCAAUACUAGCAAGCUGGCACUCCUAGACUCUGGGUGGACACUGGAAGUCAAGGAUGCAAACAUAACUGAUGCUGCCAGGUAUUACUGCAGAGCUGAGAACGUUGCAGGCCAGGCUGAGAAAGCAUUUGAUUUAGAAGUGUUUCUCCGACCGAGCAUCAACAGAGAAAAUCUGGACACAAAACCUCAAGUUAUUGUCAACAACACAGCUGUCAUCAACUGCCCUGCCACAGGAAUACCAAUUCCUGAGAUUUUGUGCCAACCAAAGGUCGUGGUCAACACUUCUGUGGUCAUCUCCUGUCCAGCUGGGGGUGUCCCUGUGGCAGAUAUCAAGUGGUUUAAAGAUGGCCAGCCGGCGGACCUGAGACCAGGUGUUGUGGAGACCCGACAGGGUGGAACUGAGUUGGUGCUUUACAGUGCACAGGUGUUUGAUUCAGGCAGAUACAGGUGUGUGGCCACGAAUACUGCUGGAGAGGACAGUCUGAGUUUCCAGUUAAGUGUUCAAGUUCACUGCCAACUUCUUCUGUUUAUAGCAGCUAAUGAGGCGGGGGAAGCAGAGCAGGUUUAUGAGCUGGAUGUCUGGGUUCCUCCUGUAAUAGAUGACGCAGCAGUUGAGUCAAAUCCUCGUGUUAUCAAAGGCCAUGUUGCCCUUAUCAACUGCCCAGUUUCUGGCAUUCCCUUCCCAAACAUCACCUGGACACGAGCUGGUGUUAAAAUGGAGCCAAGUUCUCGUAUUCAGAUGAUCAGUAAUGGGUUACAGCUGCGCAUAAUUGAUGCAGCAGAAUCUGAUGCAGCUUUAUAUUCUUGCAUUGCUGCAAAUCCUGCAGGAACAGACAAGGCGGAUUUUAAUCUAGUUGUUUUAGUGCCUCCAUCCAUUGAUGAGUCUAAUGUUGUAUAUGAUCGAAAAGUGAACAAUGGGAGGCGAGUAGAGCUGGAGUGUCCAGUUCAUGGCAUCCCCACUCCAUCCGUUCAUAUUCUUAGUGACAACCGGAUCCUGGAAAUUGAUAGUGUCAACAUCGGAGACACCGCCUUCUACACAUGCACUGCUACAAAUGAAGCAGGACAGUUGGAGAGAAAUUUCAAUCUUGAAGUCCUCAUUGCACCAACCAUUGGCCGAGACUCACUGCAAACCAACAUAGUCGCAAUUCAUAACCAGACAAUAAAAAUCUUUUGUCCCGUCUCUGGAAUCCCUGAACCAGAAAUUCAGUGGUUGAAGGAGGAGGUACCCUAUGUAGAUUUUCCAUAUCCAAGACGUCGUUUGCUAGAUGAUGGCCAAACACUUGAAAUCAGCAGUAUCACUUUGAGUGAUGCUGGAAACUAUACCUGUAAAGCCACAAAUCUCGCUGGCCAGGACGAGGUGGAUUAUUCUGUUCAGGUCUUCGUACCGCCUUCCAUUGGCAAGCCAACUCCAGACAGACUACAUGUAAUUCAAGGUCAGUCUAUCUCCAUGCGGUGUGCAGUCUCUGGAACUCCUGACCCUUCAGUUUUAUGGCUUAAAGAUGGAGCCGUCAUCAUUGAAGAAAAUGGGCACAAACAGAUUUUAGAUCAAGGGAGGACCUUGCAGAUUGUUGAUUCUCAUCCAGUAGAUAAGGCUCGCUACACUUGCCAUGCAGAAAACCAGGCUGGGUUUGCAGAAAAAUACUUUGACUUAGAGGUCUAUGAACCAGCAAAGAUUAAUGGCUCCGGACGUAGGGUGGAUGUUCCUGUGAUUUUAAAUCAGGAGGUGACACUCAACUGUCUGGCAGAGGGAGUGCCUGCACCCACCAUCUCAUGGCUGAGAAAGAACACUCCUAUCCCUGCAUUUGGCAUGCCUAACAUUCGUAUCCAGGACAAUGGCCGCCAGCUGGUGAUCAUGUCGGCACAGCUCCUAGACUUUGGGGACUAUGCCUGUCAGGCCACCAAUGCUGCUGGGGAUGACAGACUCCAUUUCAAUGUUGCUAUCAUGG